AUGGCGGUCCCCGCGCUGAGCGUCCCGGCUCAGGGCUGUGUCACCUUUGAGGAUGUGGCCAUUGACUUCUCCCAGGAGGAGUGGGGGCUCCUUAAUGAGGUUCAGAGGAUGCUGUACAGCGAUGUGAUGCUGGAGAACUUUACAAUCAUAGCAUCAUUGGGUAAGACCCUCACACUCAUCCUACAGCAGGUCAAUCCCAAUGGUGAGAAGCCACUAAGUGGCCUUGAGAAUGGGGAAGCCUUUCACUGUGGAAAGAGCCAUUACAAGUGGGGAGAAUGUGGGAAUGGUUUUAGUCACAACCACACACAUGAUGACCACCAAUGCAUCUGCACUGGAGAGGAGCUCUGUGAGGGUAGCAAAUAUGGACGAGCCAUCAGCUGCAAGUACAGACUUGGUCAGCAGCAUGGAAUUCAUACUGGAGGAAGGCCAUAUCAGUGUGGUGAAUGUGGGAAAUUUUUCAGCCUAAUCUCCAGCCUUAUUAGACACCAAAGAAUUCACACUGGUAUAAGGCCUUAUGGAUGCAGUGAAUGUGGAAAAUUCUUUGCUCACAACUCUGUUCUCAUAAAACACCAGAGAAUUCACACUGGAGAGAGGCCUUAUAAGUGCAAGGAAUGCGGGAAAUCCUUUGUUCGAAGUUCUGGCCUCAUUCAACACCAGAGAGGCCACACAGGAGCAAGGCCUUAUGAAUGUGUUGAAUGUGGGCAAUGUUUUAGCCAAAGCUCCACCCUCAUUCAACACCGGAGGGUUCACACUGGAGAAAGACCUUAUGAGUGUGGUGAAUGUGGGAAAUCCUUCAGCCGGAGCUCCACGCUUAUUCAACACCGGAGGUCUCACACUGGAGAAAGACCCUACAAGUGCAGUGAAUGUGGGAAAUCCUUUCGCCAAAGAUCUGGGCUUGUUCAACACCAGAGGGGUCACAUGGGAGCAAAACCUUAUGAAUGUGAAGUAUGUGGAAAAUUCUUCAAUCAAAACUCAGGCCUCAUUCAACACCAGAGAGUCCACACUGGGGUUAAAAAAAAAAAAAAGAGGUGGGUUUCAGACAAAAAGGCUAAUGAUGAACUCAAAUGA